GAAAGUUACUCUGGAUAAGAGCUUCUGCUAAAUGACAAAUGUAAACGCAUCAUGUAUUCAGAGAGCAGAUUUCAUUUUAAAAGCCUCAUGAUUUGGCUGGGGGCAUGCAUAAUAGAUCUGUCAGUUCUACUGAAUGCACAUCUGGGCAGGCAUUAUCCUCAGGUGUGUGAUUGUGCUGUAAUGACUCAACGUAAGUUCAUUGUCAUUAUGGUUUUAUUACUGUAAUUGCAUAUGGUUUGCGAAUUUGCUGCAUUGCGAACACAAGCUCCUUCAACCCACAUCUUCAACCACACGCACGCUGUCAGCUACAUAGGCACGAGAGGAGACUGAGAGCAGCAUCCCCAACCUCCCACGCCUUAUUGCUAUAACAACCAAAGGGGCGGUCAGCAAGGCAGCGUGACUCAAUGGAAUAACAGAUCACCAACCUGCGGAUCUGGCCAACCGGAGUCUUUCUCAAGUAACAUAGAACAGAAUCCGGAGAGCUGUAAUAAAUUGUUGCAAACCAAAGGACACGAUGUCGAAUAAGAUUUCAGUCUGUUACGUCAAUGAGAUUAGGCUAGUCCGAUAACCUGUAGGUAGGUAUCUACGUGUAACCAGCUGUAGGACACCUUUGCCUUGGCGGCUCAGUGGAUGGGUUGAUCAAAGCAAGGUUGAACUGGGCGAGAAUCAGGAAGAAACCCCUUUGUGAUAUUCAGUCCGACUUUUCUUUGUACCAGACGAAGGUCCUUCCUCACUGAGUCAGCACGAGGAGGCGACAUUCCUUGUAAAACGGUAUAGCUAAUCUCUCGUCGGUCUUCCCCGGUGGCGACAUGGCGAGGGAGAACGGAGAGUCCGGGGGGGAUGGCUCUUGGAAGAAGAAUGUCGACGAUAUUAAGAAGGUAUUCGAGUUCAAAGAAGUCCUUGGAACUGGUGCGUUUUCAGAGGUGGUCCUGGCCAAGGAGAAAGCCACUGGGAAGAUGGUUGCAGUGAAGUGCAUCCCUAAGAAGGCACUGAAGGGGAAGGAGACAAGCAUCGAGAAUGAGAUCGCUGUUCUUAGGAAGAUAAAGCAUGAGAACAUUGUGGCUUUGGAGGACAUCUACGAGAGCCCCAAUCACCUAUACCUCAUAAUGCAGUUGGUGUCUGGGGGAGAGCUUUUUGACCGCAUCGUAGAGAAGGGUUUCUACACUGAGAUGGACGCCAGCAGGCUCAUCAAACAAGUGCUGGAUGCCGUCAAUUACCUCCACGCCAUGGGCAUCGUACACAGAGACCUCAAGCCAGAGAACCUGCUCUACUAUAAUCCCCACGAUGAGGCUAAGAUCAUGAUCAGUGACUUUGGUCUAUCUAAGAUGGAAGGGACAGGGGACGUGAUGGCUACUGCCUGUGGGACACCGGGAUACGUGGCCCCAGAGGUUCUGGCUCAGAAGCCCUACAGCAAGGCAGUGGACUGCUGGUCUAUUGGAGUCAUCGCUUACAUUCUGUUGUGUGGUUACCCUCCAUUCUAUGACGAAAAUGACUCCAAGCUGUUCGAGCAGAUCCUCAAAGCCGACUAUGAAUUUGAUGCACCCUACUGGGACGACAUAUCUGACUCAGCCAAAGACUUCAUCAGUAGUCUGAUGGAGAAGGAUCCGGAGAAAAGGUUCACCUGUGACCAGGCUCUAGCACAUCCCUGGAUUGCUGGGGACACUGCUCUCUGCAAGAACAUCCAUGAAUCAGUCAGUCGGCAGAUGAGAAAAAACUUUGCCAAAAGCAAAUGGAGGCAAGCGUUUAAUGCGACAGCAGUGAUCCGUCAUAUGAGGCGCCUCCAGCUGGGCAGUAGUUUGGGCAGCAGUCUGGGCAGCAGUAUGAAUAUGGGUCAACCGGGACCGAACUCCAUGCCGGCCAAGAGCAUGUCUGUAGACUAUGCCGCUCAUCCAAAAGACAGUCCACCUCUGUUCGGUCUGUCCACGCUGCCUACCCUGCCUGCUUCCCCUGCCACCUGCAGCGCCCCAGCCAGCGUGGGAGUGGAACCGCUGGUAGAACCACAGGCGGCAGUGACUCCAGCUGCUACGGCAACGGCGGAGUCGCCACGGCCACGCCCCUCCACUGUCACCAUCAUCCACACGGGGAAUAAAUGACAUCAGGUUCCGCGGGAGGUCAGCUGGGAGACGACGGAACUCUGAGUUGGGAUUCCUGGAACUCACGAAUCCAAUUCCAAAAUGUGUCUCUCCUAGCCUUUUCAUCCCGCCCAUUGUCAGCUGCUGGGAGUGAGAACUUGAGUUCUAUUAACUGUGGCCCAGCAGUGUCAGUACAGGACUCUGAAGUCCGUACUGAACCAUGGGAGCUUCGUUCAGUGGUGUGAAAUAGAAUGAAGAGAGCUGACGUGAUUUUCUUAUUGUAACAGACAAUCAUUCUGUUGUACAUCUCUAUCUGAAUAUUCUGCCUCUUAACAGGCGCUGUGUAUAAGAGAUCAGAAGCAUGGCUGUCUUUGUCCUGAGCAGAGGGUUCCAUUUGUUUUGGGCCUGUUGGGAGAGUUUCUCAGUGCUUGAAUUCAGUUAGUGCACUUGUUACGGAGUAAUUGUAAUCUCAGAUGUCCCCGACUUAUAUAAUAUUUAAUCUUAGGAUAUAGUACCGUAGAAUUAAAAUGACUACCGGCAUCUGUGUCAUUCCACUUCAAGCACUGUCGUUUUGUAAGACUUUCAUCCGGAGGACGUGUUUGAAUGGGGUGAUGGUGGUGUUAUGAGACCACACUAUGAAAACUCACCAUGUUUUUAUUAUGAUCCAGUCUGACUGACACUAUGGUUCUGUUCUAGUAGAAACAGGCAGAGAAUGCCCACUAUGACAGAGGUUCUCAAAUCUUUCCAACCCAGGGACCACAAAAUCACUGUCAAAGGCUCUUAAGGACCACCAUUUCUAGAGUUGUGGAAAAGGAUAAAAAGAUAAUACAUCUUUGUUGUCAAAUGUAGUCAUUUUGAGCAGUUAAUGUAACAAAUGCCGGGCCUAUUAUUUUAAUUACAAUUACUAUUCAUUAACUAUUUCUAUUGUGAAAAGUAAGGUAAAAUUGCAAAUGAAACUAAACUCCCAACUGUAAUUGUUUUUGACUAGACAACACAAGAUGGUAACUUUAGAAUGCAACCUGCGUCCACUGGCAGUACCCUCGCAGACCAUGGGUUGGGAACCAUGGCCUCUGCAUUGUGUUAAACACCUGGGAACCACGGAAUGGACGUGGCAUUUCAUACAGCUGAACAGAGAAUUAUGACCCGAAAUAGUGAUUCCAUGUUAUACUCUCCCCACUGAUUCCAAAUGAAUUAUAUAUUUUGAACAGCUUCCAUUUACAGCUGUAUAACUCUGUUCGACAGGGCCGUUAUCCAUGUGUUUGCUUUAAGUUCUCUGGGUUUACAAUGCUGGAGAAAUAUUAAUAGAUCUUUUUGCAGAGUCGUGCGCACACACUCGUGAUAUGAAGUGCUUUAGUAGUGUGUGUGUGAGACAGCUGACGAGAGCAGUUCCGUCACCCUUUAGGUUGUAAGUGUGACGACGGUUAUGACGUGAACGUCACGCCGAAAGGUCUUCUAUUAUUUAUUUUAUUAUAUUCAGUGGCAUUUGUAAGAACAUCACAUUCAGUUUGGUGUAAACGUGUUCCUAGUCUCUUACUUUACAAAAUGUAUUAAAACAAAAACAGGUGUUUUCUUAGUAGGUAAACAUGUAGUGGUUAAUUGGUUAUUACUAUUUCAGUUGACAGAUAUUUCUGAUUUGCUUUAAUGUGACUGUGAAUCCGUCCUUAGCGAAAGGAAGCAGUGUUUGAACCUAGCUUCGUGACCAGUUCUCAGGGAAAUUAAUUGAUUAAGUGGAAGCCCAGUUUUGCUGAUAACGAUGGUGAUGAUACAUGUAUUGACUAAAGCACACGUUGGAUGUUCUUACAUGCCAUCAAUAAUUUUGGCUCAUAAUUCUUAGCCUUGUGAGGACAAUACGAUAUGAUCCCAUGCUUUGGGGUUACUUUUAGAUAGGUACAAAAUAAGGUUGAGACUGAAUGAAAGUUAAUUAUUACAAUUACCACCGUAUUGUAGCGACCUUGGCAAAGCCCACUACUUGCCCCUCCAAAUGGGGUGUCCCUAUUUGGAGCAGUGGGUAGUGUGGCCGCCUGGGGAGCCCAAGGUUGCGUAUUUGAGACACUGCUUGCCAAACGCUACAGUAUUAUAGUUCAAUUUAAACACUGGUAAUGACAAACUAAGAAGUAAUAAUUCAAGUAAUUGAAUAAUGCUUGCUCCGGUCCAGAAUACUUUCAAAGGCGGCCGAAUAGUGUUGGCUGAGCCGCGUUGCUUGCCUUACCCAGGCAAUGACCAUUCUUAGAGUUGCUCACACUGUUUGGUCAUUGAGCUUUCAUACCUGCCCUUUGAAUUUAACAGCCAGUUGCUGUCUUCCCAGUAUCUCUCUCUCUCUCUCGCUUUCUCUCGCUCUGUCAUUUUUUUCCCCCUAUAGUUGAUGGCUUUCUGUUGUCACAGAGCAGAUUAAUAAUUUGUUUACCAAGCAUGUUACCUGUCUUCACACUUCUUGUGCUACUGCGGCUUAAUAUUACAAUGUUCCACAUGGAUGAAACCAGGGUGGAAGUCCCAGUUAGCGAUCUAAACUUGUUGAAUGCAAAAGGAAUUGACUGUAUCUCUGUAUGCAUUAUAGACGCCUGAUAUGUUGCUGAGCCCAAUGUCACCUUGGAUUAUAAAACUUAAUGUUAAGUGUUGAUUAAAUAACUUCCUACUUCUCAGGGACACUGAAUAACUAUAAGCAUAGAUAUUAAUGUUCAUGAAGAAGUAGAUCUGCUUUUUCUGUGUUAACAUAAAUCUCAUUAACCAGAUUUACUUGGCUUGUAGUGUUUAUUAUAUAUUCUUUGCUAAAAAAAACAUGUUCUCUUCAAAAACAACAUUAUAGGAAGCACAGUAUAAAGCCUUACAAAGCAUGCAUGACAAUACUGUAACAAUUUUUAGGUGUUUUCUUGUAUAUAUGUGGUGAAUAAAUGGUUACUUAAUGUACUCUGAAACUAAAUAUUACUGUAACUGUUGUUUGGAAAAAUUACUUCAAACUUCUGCUUUUUCAAAGGAGUAAAUAUGCAACAGAAA